CGCGCUUGGCAGGCCGUCGUUUGCAUUUUAACGCAUCCCUCGCUCUACUUGCACAGCGCAUGACAGAACGUGUACCAUUUCAGAGCACCGCACGUCACCCGUUUAUGUUCACGCACCGCACGCAGCACCAGACACAGAUUCAGUUCUCGGCCGGCGACUGUGUUACUUUCGGCGAGGAGGGAGAGGAUGAAGUGCCACUGACCCAGGCCCCGGGUUUGCAAUCUGAGGUCGCGUUCCAGGGAGGGCGACACCAAGCGCGGACCCAACAACGCAGGCAUCGUUCACGGUCAGCAGCGCAGCGACUGAGCGAGGGCAGCGCUCUUUCAGCCCUUCGGAGGCGGCUGAGACAUGCGCGAACCGCCGGGGCCAAAUUCUGGCCCACUUUGUGGUUCGCGCAGAUGUCUGCGAUCGUGGUCACGCUGGUCGUCGCUGCCCUGGUCGCCUUCACUUUCGUUCUGAGAGAAGCCCAACUUACCGCGAAGGAAGCUCAAAACGCCGGCCGCGCCUUGGACAUUGACGACAUCGGCAACGGCACGAACAUCACCGCUGCGCUGUUCGGGGACGGCGCUGCAGACUUGGUAAACAGCAGCCUGCAGGAGUGGAGUGCGGCUGUGGUGCGCGGCUCUGCGGGCUCCCCUUUCACCGGCCAGUCUUCCACGCACGACGGAGUCUCCCACUUGAAAGAACGGGGAGUUGAACGACAUAGCCCGAAGCACUUCCCGAAAACGGUGCGUGGUUCGGAAUCGAAGGAAAAGAAACACCUCCGCAGCAGUUCGCUCCGGCCCGGAAAUAAAGUGAACCGACAGCACCCGCAAGGCGACGCAUCGCAGAUGCAUUCCAUCUAAAACAGCGCCAGAGAAGUCUCGGGUAACAGAACAGUGGCUUCAGGACUUAACAUCUAGGUUUAAGGCCCACCCUCCAUCAGCUUGACUUGUCGGUUUAUGCAGCUUCACUCAGCGGACGUCGUAGUGGGGGCGACAAUAAAGAGCAUGC